AUGAAUGAUGCUAUGGGAUUUGAAUUGCCAUGGGUGUAUUUUGUCAGUCUCGUCAUCUUUGGGUCAUUUUUCGUACUAAAUCUUGUUCUUGGUGUAUUGAGCGGGCAUCACAUCUACAACAUAAUUGGGGUAAAUGAUGCAAUAGGAUGUGAAUGGCCAUGGAUCUAUUUUGUUAGUCUUAUCAUCCUUGGCUCAUUUUUCGUACUUAACCUGGUUCUUGGUGUACUUAGUGGAGAAUUUUCCAAGGAAAGAGAAAAAGCCAAGGCCCGAGGGGACUUUCAGAAACUACGUGAAAAACAGCAGCUUGAAGAAGAUCUGAAGGGAUAUUUAGACUGGAUUACACAGGCAGAAGACAUUGACCCUGAGAAUGAUGAAGAGGUUGAUGAAGAAGGCAAGCGGAACAGGGUUACAUUGGCUGACUUAAUGGAAGAGAAGAAGAAAAGCAGACUUAGUUGCUUUGGCCGUUCUUCCAAUAAACAUGCAAGCAUGCCCACCAGUGAAACUGAAUCAGUAAACACAGAGAAUGUGAGUGGAGAAGGAGAGAACCCAGCAUGCUGUGGGAGUUUAUGUCAAACCAUCUCAAAAUCCAAGUUCAGUCGACGCUGGCGUCGCUGGAAUCGAUUUAAUCGAAGAAAAUGUAGAGCUGCAGUAAAAUCUGUCACAUUUUAUUGGCUUGUUAUUGUCUUGGUCUUUCUGAACACAUUAACUAUCUCAUCGGAGCAUUAUAAUCAACCUGACUGGCUUACACAGAUCCAAGAUAUCGCAAAUAAAGUUCUUCUGGCUUUAUUCACCUGUGAAAUGUUAGUAAAGAUGUACAGCUUGGGCCUACAGGCUUAUUUUGUUUCUCUUUUUAACCGCUUUGAUUGCUUCGUUGUUUGUGGUGGCAUUGUUGAAACCAUUUUGGUGGAGUUGGAAAUUAUGUCACCCCUUGGAAUUUCAGUGUUUCGCUGUGUUCGUCUCCUGCGUAUUUUUAAAGUAACAAGGCACUGGGCAUCCCUGAGCAACUUGGUAGCAUCCUUGUUAAACUCAAUGAAGUCCAUUGCUUCACUGUUGCUUCUGCUUUUCCUCUUCAUCAUAAUCUUCUCGUUGCUUGGAAUGCAGCUGUUUGGAGGCAAAUUUAAUUUUGAUGAAACUCAAACAAAACGGAGCACCUUCGAUAAUUUUCCACAAGCUCUUUUAACUGUAUUCCAGAUUCUAACAGGUGAAGACUGGAAUGCUGUUAUGUAUGAUGGCAUAAUGGCAUAUGGUGGCCCAUCAUCGUCAGGCAUGAUAGUCUGUAUAUAUUUCAUUAUCCUCUUCAUCUGUGGUAACUAUAUCUUGCUAAAUGUCUUCUUGGCCAUUGCUGUGGAUAACUUGGCAGAUGCUGAAAGUCUAAAUACAGCUCAGAAAGAAGAAGCUGAAGAAAAGGAAAGGAAAAAGAAUGCGAGAAAAGAGAGUCUGGAAAAUAAAAAAAGUGAGAAGCCAGAAGGUGACCUAAAGAAGCCCAAGGAUAGCAAGGUGACAAUUGCUGAAUAUGGAGAAGGAGAAGAUGAGGAUAAAGAUCCCUAUCCACCCUGUGAUGUACCAGUAGGUGAAGAUGAAGAAGAGGAGGAGGAUGAACCAGAGGUACCAGCAGGCCCACGUCCCCGUAGAAUAUCGGAACUAAAUAUGAAGGAGAAGAUAACACCGAUUCCUGAAGGGAGUGCCUUCUUCAUUUUCAGCAGCACCAAUCCAAUUCGAGUGGGAUGCCACAGGCUCAUCAAUCACCACAUCUUUACCAAUCUUAUCCUUGUGUUCAUCAUGCUGAGCAGUGUUUCUCUAGCGGCAGAAGAUCCAAUUCGCAGCCACUCUUUUCGAAAUAAUAUCCUAGGGUAUGCAGAUUAUGUCUUCACUAGUAUGUUUACAUUUGAGAUCAUUUUGAAGAUGACAGCUUUUGGAGCAUUCCUUCAUAAAGGGUCCUUCUGCAGGAAUUAUUUUAAUUUGCUGGAUUUGCUUGUUGUGGGUGUUUCUCUGGUAUCAUUUGGUAUUCAAUCAAGUGCUAUCUCAGUUGUGAAGAUCCUCAGAGUUUUAAGAGUCUUGAGGCCUCUAAGGGCCAUAAACAGAGCAAAAGGACUUAAGCAUGUUGUUCAAUGUGUCUUUGUGGCUAUUAGAACUAUUGGUAAUAUCAUGAUUGUUACAACUCUGCUGCAGUUCAUGUUUGCUUGUAUUGGAGUGCAGUUGUUCAAGGUAAGCAGACACGCUCAAAAUUUACACUGCAUCAAGAGAAGCAAAGCUGAGUUGAAUUCUUGCAGAGGGAUAUACAUUGUUUAUAAAGAUGGAGAUGUUGAUAAUCCAAUGGUCAAAGAGAGGGUCUGGCAAAAUAGUGAUUUCAACUUUGAUAACGUCCUGUCUGCUAUGAUGGCCCUUUUUACAGUAUCCACUUUUGAAGGCUGGCCAGCGCUGCUAUACAAAGCCAUUGAUUCAAACGGCGAGAAUGUAGGACCUGUAUACAACUAUAGAGUGGAGAUCUCCAUUUUUUUCAUCAUCUAUAUCAUCAUUAUUGCUUUCUUUAUGAUGAACAUAUUUGUUGGUUUUGUGAUUGUUACAUUCCAAGAACAGGGAGAACAAGAGUAUAAGAACUGUGAGCUGGACAAAAAUCAGCGUCAGUGUGUAGAAUAUGCCUUGAAGGCACGUCCUCUUCGUAGAUAUAUUCCAAAAAAUCCUUACCAGUACAAGUUCUGGUAUGUGGUGAAUUCUACUGGAUUUGAAUACAUCAUGUUUGUCCUCAUCAUGCUGAACACGCUGUGCUUGGCUAUGCAGCACUAUGGACAGUCUAAGCUCUUUAAUGAUGCAAUGGACAUUAUGAAUAUGGUUUUCACAGGAGUGUUCACUGUUGAAAUGGUUUUGAAACUGAUUGCAUUCAAACCCAAGAUUUUUGUAAGAAAAAAGGAAAGAUGGCUAGGCUAUUUUAGUGAUGCCUGGAAUACGUUUGACUCCCUCAUCGUUAUUGGCAGCAUAGUAGACGUCGUUCUCAGUGAAGCUGAUCACUAUUUCACUGAUGCAUGGAACACUUUUGAUGCCUUAAUUGUUGUUGGUAGCGUCGUUGAUAUUGCUAUAACAGAAGUUAAU